GGGACGACUUUGUAUAUUCCACUGUGCGGAUUCGGCCUGCUUGUUUUCGGAGAGGGCGAGGGAGCGGCUGCGCCUGCAUCUUUGUAUACUCCUCGUCUUCCCUUGUUGUCUCUCCAAGAUUCUUGGAUGGCGAAUGAGCUGCUCCCUCCGUAUCGGGACGCGACGCAGCCCGUGGAGUCGCGCGUGCGGGACUUGCUCUCGCGCAUGACCCUCAGGGAGAAGGCCGCCCAGAUGGCCCAGAUCGAGCGCUGCGUCGCCUCCCCCUCCGCCCUCUCCGGCCUCCCCGUCGGGAGCGUGCUCAGCGCUGGCGGUAGCGCUCCCAGGGAGCGCGCCUCUCCCCGCGACUGGGCCGACAUGAUCGACCGGAUGCAGCACUGGGCUCUGGCUUCCCGCCUCGGUAUCCCCAUCCUCUACGCCUCCGAUGCCGUCCACGGCCACAACAACCUCUACGGCGCCACCAUAUUUCCCCACAACGUCGCCCUCGGCGCCAUUAGAGACGGCGACCUCGCUCGCAGAAUUGGAGAAGCGACGGCCUUGGAGGUGAGAGCUACCGGCAUCCACUGGACGUUCGCCCCUUGUGUGGCUGUCUGCAGAGAUCCCAGGUGGGGGAGAUGCUAUGAGAGUUACAGCGAGGACACAGAUAUUGUCCGGACUAUGACUUCGAUUGUUGCGGGAUUGCAGGGAUCACCUCCCCUGGGUCACCCUCCAGGUCAUCCUUUUCUUGCUGGGAGGAAGAAUGUGAUUGCCUGUGCCAAGCACUUCAUUGGGGAUGGGGGCACAGAUAAAGGAAAGAAUGAAGGGAAUACAAUUUGUACGUUUGAGGAGUUGGAGGCAACUCAUAUGAAGCCUUAUCUCGACUGUCUUGCACAGGGAGUCUCCACAAUUAUGGCAUCAUACACUAGUUGGAAUGGGAGGCCAUUGCAUUCAAAUCAUUAUCUUAUAACAGAAAUUCUAAAGGGCAAGCUAGGUUUCAAGGGUUUUGUGAUAUCAGAUUGGGAAGGAAUAGAUAGGCUAUGUCAACCACAUGGAUCGAAUUACCGUUAUUGCAUUUCUGCUUCAGUUAAUGCUGGAAUCGACAUGAUUAUGGUGCCCCACAGAUAUGAGAAGUUUUUAGAAGAUUUGGUAUUUCUAGUGGAAUCCGGGAGGAUAUCCAUGUCAAGGAUUGAUGAUGCUGUAGAACGCAUCCUGAGGGUGAAAUUUGUUGUUGGACUAUUUGAGUACCCUUUCUCUGACAGAUCUUUGUUUGAUGUUGUUGGCUGCAAGGAACAUCAAAUUCUAGCACGUGAAGCUGUUAGAAGAUCCCUAGUUUUAUUAAAAAAUGGAAAGGAUAUAAAGAAACCAAUACUUCCUCUAGACAAAAAUGCCAGAAGAAUCCUUGUUGCUGGGACACAUGCUGAUGAUAUUGGAUAUCAGUGUGGCGGAUGGACCAUAACGUGGCAUGGAAGUAGUGGAAGAAUAACAAUCGGCACAACCGUGUUGGAAGCAAUUAGAGAAGCAGCAGGAAAUGAAACAGAAGUUGUAUACGAGAAAUGCCCAUCUGAAGCCACCUUUUCUGAUCGGGAAUACUCGUACGCGAUAGUUGCCAUUGGGGAGGAUGCGUAUGCAGAGUUUUUAGGUGACAGAACCGAGCUUGGCAUACCAUUUGAUGGUGCCACUAUGAUCUCUCUGGUUGUAGGUAAGGUUCCCACGGUGGUGAUUGUGAUAUCAGGUAGGCCAUUGGUUUUUGAGCCAGAAUUGUUGGACAAGAUCGACGCCCUGGUUGCAGCUUGGUUACCUGGAAGUGAGGGAGGGGGCAUUGCUGAUGUCCUAUUUGGAGAUUACGACUUCGAAGGUGUGCUGCCCAUAACUUGGUUCAAGUCAGUCGACCAGUUACCGAUGAAUGCUGGGCACAAUGCCUAUGAUCCCCUGUUUCCACUGGGAUAUGGGCUGAAGAUGAAUCUAGACAACAGAAGCUGAUGGAGUUGUCCUUCAGGUCUGCAUUCUACGAUGUUCCUUCCUGUAUCGUGAUUUAUUUCCAAGUACAUUUGUAUUGAUAACAAAUGUAGCCCCAUGCAAUUACCAGCUCUGAAGCAGGACGAUUUGUUUUCUCAAGCACAGAGCCACAUAUAUAAUAAACCUGCAAACCAGGCAGGUAUUGUAUUUA